AUGAGUUGGCGACGCCUCUUCUACCAGCCAGAGAGCACUUACGAAGCAAAUGGUCUUUUCACCGCCAUCCAAUUCAUUACUUGCUGCAACGGUUUCAUUUAUAGACGCGGCCAUUUUAUAGUAAACUUUUGGACUAAGCUAUACACCAUGCUGAUGCCGUUCAUCACCAUACUCUCUUUAGGCCUUGGUAUUCAACAAUUGAUCAACGAUCCGGUGGAGAGUGCCCGUUUCGAAGAAACGGACCAGCUGUGGCUCGCUGUCUGUGUGCUAGAAAUGAUCAUGGCUACCGUCGCCUACGUGCUCAUCGUAUACUCAAUGGUGAAGCAUACACGAGACCAUGUUGAACUCUAUGAUCGCAUCAGUGCAUUGGAUCGGCUGUUGCUGCGUGAUUUUGGCGUAAAUUUGAAAUAUCACAAGUUAAUGCGUAAGAAUUUAAUUGAGUAUGUCAUAUUAUCGAUUGUGUACUGUGUAGCGCUUUGCUGGACAUUGUUCAUGGUGAAACCAAACAAAAUGGCACAUGCUUGCGGCAUGGCCUAUGCCUAUUUGGCCAUGACUGCCGGUCCGCAUUGCUCUAGCUAUUUACAGGUGAAUUUUGCCGCAAUGCUGCGUAUCCGCUUUCGUUUGUUGCAAAAGUUGCUCGACGAGAAAUUUCUGUUGGCGAAAUUUCCGCAAUCCGGUUUGCGGGAAGUGCGCCUGUUGAAACUGGUGGAUGUGGUGCGUGCGUUUCAUGAGCUAAUCGAUGCCAUAAAUGAUGUGUAUCGUGUUACUUUGACCGUGGGUUUAGCGCACGACUUCACCUUGGUGACCAUUAUACUGUAUAUGUUGUUUGGACAUUCGAUGGGCGAGGCUGUUGAUGGCGUAUUCUUUGCAUUCGGUGGCAUGUGGCUCGCUGUGCCGUUGCACAAAUUCUUAACGGCGCCCGUCUACUGCAAUAGGGCGAUUGAAGAGGGAAAACGUUGCUUGCGUUUAAUAGAGAAAAUUGACAUUUGCUUUCCCAACUUCAAGUCAGCCAAACGAAUUGUGACUGCGACAAUGCAUUGGCGCCUGGAAAAUAAAAUUCAGUUCACUUGCGGAUUCAAUAUGAUUUAUAACAAAACCAUUAUCACAACGAUAACGGCUGUUGUCUUCAAUUAUCUACUCAUACUCAUACAAUUCCGGAUGACCCAAUUAAUGGGCAAACAAAUUGAGGAACAAAAAAACAUAUUGCAGGAUUGGAUUGGCGAUUUAUAG